CACAGGCAGCACUGUAGCUCGCGCAACCUUGCUAAGCAAAACAAAGCGCCGUCGUGCAUGCAACAUAAAAACCGUUUAGUUGUAUCAUGUCGUCCUUGGAAUGAGCAAAGUUUCAAGGAUUCUGCAUAGGAAGAGGGACACAGCGCGUGCGGAGCGGGCGCGCGAUGUGCUCGCGGCCAAGCGGGCUGCCUCCAAACGCGAACGGCGUCAGCUUAGGCGAGCCAAAGCUUCCAGAAGAAAGAAGAAAGGAGGUGCUGAGGCAGCCGCCGGGCCGGCGGACCCGCCGCGCAACACCGAUGCUGAGUCGCCCAGCGUGCGGCCGUCGCCCGCCCUGCCGGUUCACGCAGGCGAGCCAAGUGGCCGUCCGGCAGCGCGCGAGGGCAGCCGCAAUACGGCGCUGGGUCACUGUGUCGACAGCGCUCCGGCACACCCUUACCGGCAGCCAGCACCUAUCUGCGGCAAGCGCAAACAGCGGAGCACCCCGCUGGCACGGGCCUUACGGCUGGUACAGGCGGGGGCACCGGGCUUGCAGACUGGCGUGGACCUUGUUGCGGGCGUGAGAGGGGCGAAGGAAGCGCAGCAGGCGCGGCGCCCAGCGCCCCCAGUUGCCAAAGUGCGGCUGCUGUCCUUGCCUCUGGAGCCGAAGGUGGACGGUCAGGUUGGGGGGUGCUCACCUGGCCAGGACACGCAGCCAGCACCCAGCAGUCAAGAGGGCGGGCCAGCGGUGAUAGUCAGACCGGACGUGGCGGUGCUCGGCCAGGACCGGGGCCUGGGGGUUGCGGAGGCAGCAGGAACUUCCGCUGCCGCUGCCGCCGCUGCAGUGAGCCAGCGGGAUCGCGGCGCAGGCCGGCAGCCUGGCCAGGAGCCGGCUGAAUCACGGGACACCAGCCUCAGCAGUGAGUUGCAGCCACAACCACAGAUGCAGACGCAGCGCCACGAGCAAGGGCAGCAAGGGUUGCACGAAAGCCCGCCGUGUGAGAGUGAGGCAGCGGUGUGUGCCAGGGAGGCAGCUGUGGCCGCAGCGAGGCUAGCAGCCAUUAAUGCGGCCGCUGCCCUGCCCCCGGACAGCCCGUAUGUUCGGGCGGUGAUGGAAACGUGCAGCGGGCAAGCGACUGGGGGUCAGGCGGGACAGAAUCAGCUGUCGGCACACGGCCUGCUGCAGCCCCAGCAUGAGCAGCAGCAACGGCGGCGGCGGAGGGGCCUGGGGGCGGUGGACAGCGAGUACGUGGCGUGCGCCAAGCACGCCGCUGCAGCCGCGGCACACCUAGCGGCCCUGGAGGCUGCGGCUGCACUGCCAGCCGACAGUCCGUACCUGAAGGCGGCCGUCGAGGUGGGUCGUGGCGCCGGGUUCGGGUGGCCGGAUGAGCGGGACAGCGACGUAUGGGCGCAGCAGCGCGCACUGCUGCAGCAGCAGACGGCGCGGCUGCAGCGGGCGCUGGGGGCUGCACUGUGCGGGCGAGGAGGGGCAGCCAGGUACACCCCCGCUGGGCCAGUACCAGAAGGGCACGGCGCCGGAGCUUGCAGUAGCGGCGCCGCGGCGUCACUGGAGUUCCGUGUGGGAUCUUCGCCCGGGCACGCUGAGGCGGCGAGCGGGGCGCGCGGUGCCGUGCUAGCAGCAGAAGCAGCAACAGCAGAAGCAGAAGCAGCAGGUGGCAUUCUCGUGCCUGCCGUGGUGGCAGGUGGCGGACCUGCGGGUAGCGGCCGCGGCGGCGGCACAGAUGAAGUCCGUGCGCAUCACGGCAGCGCCGUUACCACGAUCACCCCGGGUUGCAGCGUGUGCAGCCGCAUGCAAGCCAGCAGAAACGGAGUGCAAGCGGCUGACGCCCCAGCCGGUACGGGUGUUGGCGGCGCGGCUGAGGCUCCUGAGGAUGCAGCUGCAGUGCCUGGAGCAGCGGGCCAGGGUGCGCGUGUCAGCGAGUGGGUCGGUUCGUUACUGCUGCAGAGCCCUCAAGCGGAAUCCGCACCUCCUGUUUUCCAGAAGUCGAAGCCAGGCGCUGAGGCCAGCGGCCCUGCAGCGGAGGGCCGGGACCCCAGCCCCCAAGUUCCUGCAGCAAUUGGGUGUGGAGCUAGCAGCACCACUCAUGGGAGCGGCACCACCAGCAGUGGCAAUGGGGCGACCACCGGCAGCAGCAACAGCGGCGAUGACAGCGGUGGGAGCACCAGUAGCGGCGGGAGCUUAACGGGCGCUGCCGAUAGCAGCCAUAGCGGUGGCUCCGGCGGCGAUAGAGUUCGGAGCUUAAGCGGCGCCAGACGCAGCUUGCAUGGUAUUACAGACAGCAGCAGAAGCACCAGCAGUGGCGGCAGUGACCAGAGCACGAGCAAGGACGUUAACGAUGCCGUGACCAGCAGCGGCGGCGGCGGGCUUGGCGCAGGCGGCUGCGGUGGUGGGGCGGGGAUUGUCGCAGGCGAUGAGCCCUCCACAGCAGUCCCCGAAAGCCUUCACAGGCCGGCGUCAGAGCGCAGCCCUGGACGGUGCGAGCUCACUGCAGCCGCAGGCGGCGGCGCCGAGGCGGGCAGCGCAGAGGCGGGCGGAAGGGCAGUAGUCCCUGCGCGCGAGUCGCAGUCGUGGGCUCAACAACUACUGCCGGAGCACUUGCCGCAGUGGGAAGACGAGGUGCCGAGCGACGGCAGCAGUUGCAGCGACACUGACAGCUCCGAGUUUGAAGAGGGAGACUGGGAGGACGACGAUUGGCCUGGGGGCGCAGCCGAGGCUAAAGAUGGCAGCCGGGACAAGUCACAGCACUCAGCGGACAAGCCCGGCGCCUCCGACGUCACGGACCACAUGAUGGCAGCCGUGCUGUCGCAGGCUGCGCCCGAGCACAGCGCUGGUGUCAAACGUGCUGGCGGCGAGGCAGCGAUCCUCUACGCCGAUGGCAGUGACAGCCACGGUGGGCCUGACGCUUUCGUUGACAACGAUUCAGCGGCGUGGGAGGCAGCACUGGAGGCUGGCGCUGGCCCACAUGAAAGCCAGGCGGAGGCCCCGCAGCAGCUGGCGGCGGCCGUGACAGUUUCGACUCUGGCGCUUCUUGGGCAUGGCACAGGUCCGGUGCAGCAAUCGCGGAGACGGCUGCCGGCGUCAGGAAGCGGGCCAGCAGGGCAUGACACAGCAGGAUUAGGUGCUGGCGCGGUGGCCCUCGCAGAACCCCAGUUGCAGCUGCCGGAGCAGUUUGAUGUUAAUCUGCUGGCGCCGCCAGUGCUAGUGCCGGCCGGCACGAAGCUGCAAGCCCUGCCGCCAUGGUCUGUAGGGUCGCCCGUCACCAGCCCCGGGUUGACGCAGGCAGGGCCUGGCCCCAGUGCGGCUGCAGGCCCCAGGGUGGCGCAGGUCGUGUCGGGCAGCCCCUACACGGACGCCUAUGAGCUGCCGGACGAUGGCGGCCACCCGCACCUGGGCGGAGGCGCCGCCCCGCAGCCCAGCAGUCGCGAGGACGGCGGGGGUGUGGCUGCCGGGGUCGGUGCACACGCGGGCUGCAACGCACAGCGGGGCAUGACAGCAGCAGUAAUUGGUCCUGGUGGUACUCGGGUUGGUGCUGCCUCGCCUCCGCUUGUGCUUUCAGCCUCAGGCUCCGGGGGAGGGCUGGCGACUCCAGGUCGGCGGCGCGGCCGUCUGGUGAUGCUGCACGGUGCCGGGGCGGCGGCAUGUGGUACGCCCACAUCGCAGCCCCGUGCCGGCAGGGCGGCGAGCAAUACAGCAACCGCUGGGGGUGCGGGCCCCAGCGCAGUUGCAGCGGCUGGGCCGGGAAUGGGCGACCUCGGCCACCAGGGGCAGCCACUGCCGGCCGAGCCCCCUGGAGCAGCUACGCGACCGGUUGGCAGGGCAGGGCGCGCGCCACCGCUUAGCCCUCUGCGCCGCAGCAGUCGCGUGCCUGGCGGACAGCAGCAGCAGCAGCAGCAGCAGCAGCAGCAGCAGCAUGCAGCUGGCAUGGCGGCCCAGGGCCAGGGGCCCGCGGAGCCUUCGGCAAAUGGUGGAGCAGGCAGGAGUAGAGCGUCGGCAGGCGGUGGCAUGUCGCCCAGCCGUAGGGCGGCUGUGCGGCUUCAGCGACAGCCGGUGGUCCCAUCACCGAGGCUCGUGGAGGAUUCAAGGCUGCAUCGCUCCGGCCAGCAGCAGGCGGUGGUUGGAGUAGGCACAGCGGGGGGAAGCCGCGUGGGUGAUCGCGCACGGGGUGGUUCGGGUGCAGGGUUGUCGGCAGCUGCAACAGGAGUGAUCAAGGCCGCCACUGCCUCACCCUCGCGCGGCCGCACCCGCAGCAAGCCACCUGAACGGGCGUCGAUAGCCGGGCGAGGGCGCGGCGGGCGUGGGCGGCGGGCGACUGCGCGCUCUCACCGGCAGUCGGAAAGCGACCAGGAGGAGACAGCAGAUGCGGUGCGCCCGUCUGACCCGGAGGAGGAUAAGGAGAAGGAGGGCGGUGGGCAGCAGACUCGCGGCGCCCCUGCCAGGCGCCGAGCCCCGCGCACACCCAGUGAAGUGCUCAACCGGCUGCAGGUGUCGGACCUGCGGCCGGUGCUGCACCUGCCCCUCGUUGAGGCGGCACGGCAGCUGGGGCUACACCGCACUAGCUUCAUGACGCGCUGCCGCCAACUGGGGAUCGCGAGAUGGCCGGCCAAGCAGCUGCGCAUGCUGGACUUGAUGGAGGAGCAGCUGCAGGAGCUGGAGGCGUGCGGCGUCGCAAACCACUACACGGCCAAGAAGUGCCUUGAAGAAGCUCCGGGCUGGCUGGCCCAGGUGGCCGCUGCGCGCUCGGCGCUGCUGGAGAACCCGUGCGGCUUCACCAUGCCGCAGCCGCUGGAGCUGCUGCGCCAGCGCCACGUGAAGGUGGCGUGGGCGCACCGCCAAAAGUACAAGGCGGCACUGGGCGAGGAGGGGGAGGAGGGCGAGGAGGGCGAUGACCUGGACUCGCAGGCGCAGAUGUCACAGUAGUGUGCGGCGGGCUGCGGCUGAGGGAGUGCGGAGACCUGAGGGCGUCAGCUGUUGCUGCACAUGCGGUGUUGGCGAGCCGUAUCCGCGGCGUAGCAGCGCGUGGAGCAGUGAAGGACUGGGCGGGGAGUGCAGUGUGGCGCAAGGGAGCACGCAGUAUGUAGAAUUUUGCGAUGGCAGGAAGGCGAUGGCAGGGGCAACACAUGCCAGAGCUUCGACGUAAACACGGUUGUCAGUGCGCCGUGCAAGUGGGCAAUACAGGAUGAUGCGAACGAGCUCAGAACUAGCCGGGACUAUCACAUGGUUGCACCUGUCCUUGCCGUCCUCGCCUGCUAGGUCGCAUGUGAUUUCACUGAUUUGUGUUACUGCAUUCCCCUUUGAUCCACCAGCUGCGGGUUGAGUUCAGGUGUCUUGCGUAUGUCGGCUGGCGAGGGCGUGGGCGGGUCGUUGACGGUGAACUCCACCAACACCAGGUCGGGGCGGGCGGCAGGUGCUGGGCCAGGGCUCCGAAAUCAGAAGAUGUAAAGGCCGCGGUGCAUGUAGCUAGUGAACGAUACCGGACUCACCUCGCGAUGGGUAAUGGGUAACGUCGCUUGACGCCUUGACCGCAUACGGUACCGUGCCCGCACACGUGUGGGAGGGGAACUCCUAACCAGCCUCAAAUCUUAAGGCAUCUUGCCUGCACUGGCCCUGCAUAACUUGCAGAGUACCAGCGGCAUGGAAAAUCUGCGGGGACAAAAAAUGAAAGCCAGAUGGAUGCAGGGUUUGGUUUGGGCCGUUGGGGUGUGUGCGGCCGGGCAUGCGCAGGCAACGCAACUUAGCAUAGCCUUCUGUGAUGCGGACUUGCCAAGGGCUGCGGACUUGACAUCAGCGUGGCCGAGCUCAUUUCUGGCCGUUGAUGCUGAAGGGCUGGGCUUGCACACGUCGUGCUGGCAGUACUCGCCCCUUAUGACAGACUGUGCAAACCAGGGGUAGGGCUUCCCCUGGUGUUUUACGCGGCAGUUCAAGGGCUUUCCUGUUUCUAGCUCUCUUACUUACUUAGG